AUGCAAAAACAUAUGCACCAACAGAAUUGGAUGGCGAUGUCAAAUCCUUCGCAGCUCCAUCUUGUCUGUGGGCAACGAAGGAGUGCCCUGGUGAGAGCGAAAGCGUUGCGCUUGCAGCUUGCCGAGAAGGCCAAGCAGAUCCGGGAUGUUUCUGAGCAAGAGGAAGCGGAGGCGGAGCAACGAGUGAAGCUGUUGCAGUCUGGGCGCCAGCGAGCCCAGGAGCGAUCAAAAGCUCUGAAAGCUGGGUUGUCAGAGGUGACUCAGGAGGUCGAAAGCCUUCGCUGGAGGAUAGGUGCACUGCAGAGGCUCUUAGACCGCCAAGAGGCUGAGACCCAAGGCGAGUUGCGUGAAAGUGAAGAGUUGCUGCAGCUCCAGCAGAAGCGCCUUGCAGUGGAGGAGAAAUGCAGGAAGUACAACGAAGCCAAUGAGGUGCUGGCGCUCCAGGAGAAAUCCUGCCACAAAGAGAGUGUGAUCAUGGUGAAGGAGGCCUUGAAGGCUUUUGCUGAAGGUGCUUACGCCACCUUCGCAGAGACAUUUCAAGUGCCACUCAUCAGGCCCAUCUCGGGCCAUCUCAUCCUGCAUCAUGUGAGCCUGCUCUCUGCCACAAUUUGA